CAGCCGCCGGAGGAGCACCGCGACCUGGGAACGAUUUCACCCAGUCUGCGGUCAGGGUGUCGGCGCGGGGAGCGGGCUGGAGGGUCGGGAACAGAAGAAUGAGAGAGGCUUCUAAGCGGAGGGGCCGAAAACAUGAACGGGGCCGUUUACAUUUCGUUUUUCCAGGGCCAGCUGGAGUCCGUGCUGGAGCAGGUCGUUCAGCUCGCCGUCCAGGAAAUCAGCAAGUCGGUGGGCUCCAGCCUGAACGCCCUGCUGCUGGAGACGGCCGCGAAGGAGCAGGAAAACCGCCGGCUCCGCCUGCAGCUGCAGACCCGCGAAGGCCGAGGCUCGACCUCCCCGGAGGACGGAGGCUCCGCGGCGGGCGGAAGGAGCGGUAAGGCGGGCGACGAGCGGGGGGACGGCGGCAGGACAAAGCCCGAGCCACGCGGCGCCGGAGCGCGGGGCGGAGAACCCGCAGCGCCCGUGACGGCUGUGGACACCCGCCGCCUGGAGCAGAGAGGACGGGUCGUAGACCAGCUGAAGUCCGUCAUGGAGCAGGUCCUGGCCUUCGCGCUGCGUGAGCUCACCAAGAUCGUGGAGGCGUCGUUCGACGACCUGCUGCUGGAGAUCACCAAGAUGGAGGCGGAGCAGCAGCAGCUGCAGGACAAGCUGGGGCGGAGCUCCGAGCGAGGGGGCGGGGACAAGCCCCGAGGGGGCGGGGGCAGGAGGCGGGGCUCCAUCAACGACUCGGUGUCGCCCAGUGGCUCCGAAGACACCCGGGAGGAACCGGCCGAGGAGUCCAAAGGGACGGCGCCGUCAGACGACCCGGAGCCCCCCCCGGUCCCUCCUCCCGCCCAGGACUGGGUUCCCAUCCUGGACAAGGUGUUCGGUCAGAAGUGGUGCAGCGCCGUCUGGCCCAUAAAAGCUCAAGGUGGAGACAGUCGUCGCGGUGACGGGCCGGGUCCCAGCGAGGGCGGGGGUCACCAUGGCGACCUCGUCUCCUCCACCUCGGUGAUCCUGCAGCCCUCGCCCUCGUCCCCCCAGCAGGACCCCCGCUGGACGCCCCUGGAAGACAUGGAGGUGUUUUCUCCCGAUGACGACGAAGCAGCCGACGGCCAGAGCAACGCCGCUGCCGCUGCCGCCGCCGCCGCGCCCACGCCGGGGCCCACAUCCACCCCGGGGCCCCCGCUGAGCCCGUCAGGCCGCUGCUCCUCAGCCUCCAUGCUUCAUCGCCUCCUCACGCUGCCGUCUCAGCUACUGGACGAAGACGACGAAGACGCCGCCGCCAAGGAGACGCUCAUCGCUCUGGCAACCAACGGCAGCAGCGACCAGCGGGACGACACGGAGCCGACGGUCCGGGGCGAGGAGGACGAGGAGGAGGAAGAGGAAGAGGAGGAGGGGGACAAAGGGAGGAAGAAGAAGCGGCGGCGCGUUUGGUCGGAGUGCGAGGAGUGUGGCCGGCGGUUCAGCCGCAUGUCGCUGCUGAAGGCGCACCGCCAGACGCACGCCGCCGGCGACUCGGCCGCCGCCGACACGUCGUCGUCGUCGUCACCGCCGGCCGGCGCCGCCUCGCCGCUGCGCUGCUCCGAAUGCGGCAAGAGGUUCUCGUCCAACACCAGGCUGCACAGCCACGUCCGGACCCAGCACCCCAACCAGUCCUGAGGCUUUUACUUUGAAAGGCAGCAGGAAGUGGGAUCAGCGAGGCCCGUUUACCUCGGAACCAGAGCAGAGUUCUGGUCGUGGAAACCGUGUCCGCCUGAUUCUGCAGCCAGAAGGAACUUUUCAUGAACCUUUUUAGGGUUUAAAGCAGAAGAAUUUAACUAAGGGAACCAGAACCAGAACCAGAGGUCCAGAUCCGGGGCGUCCGGUACUGAGCUGCAGCUACCGUCAGGACGACAGAACGGUUAGUCUGCGCCCGAUUUUACCAGAAUUUCUCUUUCUGACGAAGUAAGAAAAUAAGACGAGGUUCUGAGAACUUCCCGACCAGAACCAGAGCCACUUGGACUUCGGGUUUUACAGGAAACCGGAGAGGACCUCUCAUGUGCAGGACUCAGAACUUUAAUUCAUUUAGAGAUCAUCUUGUUGAAUUUCUCACAAUCGGAACCAACCGGACCCGGAGAACCGAGGCCCUCUUCUUUUUCUUCUCCUCCUCGGUGUGUAAAUUAGUCCUCCAGGUGGACAGGAAGUGACCUCACGCUCUGAGGCUUCCCGCCGCCUGACGCUUUGUUUGGCUCCUCAUGACGGAUCAGAACCGGGCUUUCUAAGUGCCACCGGACUCUUCCUUGUUACUCUCCUGGCCGGCGUGGUUCCCUGACCCCCGCUCUACUUCCUGUCGGCCAUGUUGCUUCAGAUGUUUACAGAGAGGAGCCGGUCGGUCCGCGGCGGCAUCAGAUCGUCACUGCCAGCAAGAUUUCAAGUCAAAACGAUCCGUUUGCUUUUCCCUCCCUGAUGAGCGGAAAAAUCAAACGUCAGAAUAUUAAAAUAAAUAAAAUUAUAACAGAAAACUAAACAGUAAUGGGAAAAUUAAUUAAAGGUUUAGCACUUAAAUUAGAUGGAUGACCAGAAAAGCACUUAGUGUUUUAUAAGAUAUUACUAAGAAUUAUGCUUAAAAUUAAAAAUUUCAUA